UAUAACAAGCGAGUCUGAUUCCUGCUCCUCCUGUUUUCCGGGUUCUAGCAUUCUUCCGGCCAAUUUCAGUUAUUAUUUUUUUUUUUUCUUCUUUAUUAGUAAUCAUUGUAAAUCUUCUUCAUUCUCUGUAACUUUUUAGGAUUAAGGUUUAAUUCUGGUUCUAUCUUGUACAAUUCUAGGGUUCAGUGGGGGGUUUGUUUUUGUAAUCUACAUGUUGCUUUUGCGCGAACUAGUCACUGGUAGGAAGAAAUCAAGAAAGGCUAUUGAGAUCUUGUCUACUUAUUUUGCCAAUUCCUUUUUUCGUUUGUAUCGACGAUGUAAUUACAGAGAAUUAGAAUUUUACUAGGUUUAGGAUUAGGGUUUUGGUUUAUUUCGUUUGCUAAUGGAAAUGGAGAGCUCGCGGAGACCUUUCGAUCGAACGAGGGAACCGGGUUUGAAGAAGCUUCGACUGGCCGAUGAGGCUGACCACGGUGGGAACAUUAAUGGCCGGCCGUUUCCGCAGAGACCAGUUGUUUCCGGAACCAAUAUCGCUCAAUCCAGAUUUCGAGCAAGCGAUAGGGAUCCGGGAAGCAGUGAUUCUGGUCGAGUGGGGUAUCAGCCUCAGCCGCCGCAGCAUCAGGAGCUUGUGAGCCAGUACAGGACAGCCCUUGCUGAGCUGACUUUCAAUUCCAAACCAAUCAUCACGAAUUUGACCAUAAUCGCGGGUGAAAAUCUCCAGGCUGCAAAAGCGAUCUCUGCCACUAUUUGUGCCAACAUUCUCGAGGUUCCCACUGAGCAGAAGCUGCCAUCACUUUAUCUAUUGGACAGUAUUGUAAAGAAUAUUGGAAGAGAUUACAUAAAAUACUUUGCAGCAAGACUACCGGAGGUAUUCUGCAAAGCUUAUAGGCAAGUCGACCCAUCUGUUCAUACAAGCAUGAGACAUCUUUUUGGCACCUGGAAAGGAGUGUUUCCUCCUCAAACUCUCCAGAUUAUCGAGAAAGAACUUGGCUUCGUGUCUAGCGGUAGUUCUUCUUCUGGGACCAUAACCUCGAAGCCAGAUUUGCAGGCACAACGUCCACCCCAUAGUAUCCAUGUAAAUCCCAAGUAUAUUGAGAGGCAACGCCUUCAGCAGUCAGGCAGGGUGAAAGGAAUGACUAGUGAUGGUACUGGCGCAACAACUGUAACUCAGGAUGUUGCCCAAGCCAAAAUUAGUUCUGGACGCCUGUGGGCGGAUACACCAAUUAAAGGGCUUGAUAUUCAGCGUCCACUUAGAGAUGCACCAAAUGAUUUGGCACAAGAGAAGAAAGUCGCCGCUGCAUAUCUAGACUAUGAAUGUGGUUCUGAUCUUUCAAGGACAUCAGGUGUUGGAAGGAGGGUCGUUGAUGAAGGGCAAGACAAAUCUUGGUCUUUAGCAGGAAACAAUUUGGCUGAGAAAUUAUCUGGACAAAGAAAUGGGUUCGACAUCAAGCUUGGAUAUGAAAAUUACCCUGCACCCAAGUCUGCAAACACUGGUGCACGUCUACUGCCCAUGCAAAAAUUUUCAAGCGGCAGCAGCAACAGAGUGUUGUCUACUAACUGGAAGAACUCUGAGGAAGAGGAGUUUAUGUGGGGUGAAAUGAACUCUAUGUUGACAGGUCAUGGUGCACCUGCCAUCGCCAGUAGCACCGGGAAAGAUCAAUGUACUCCUGAGGAUUCGGAUAAUUCGGGUACUGACAAUAAGCCAUUAAGCAUACGGGAUACUGGGGCAAGUGUUGAUAGGGAAGCUUCCUUUGAUUCACAAUCAUCUGAGAAGAGAGAACUAGGGGAUUCUGGACAGCAGAGGUCAUCAAUGUGGCAGUUCCAGGAGGCAAUAUCUCUGGAUGGCCUGAGAGGCAGGGUUCCUAGAAAGAAUUCAGCUCAAUCAGGAGGUAUUGGUGCCACUCUAACCGCAAUGUCAGGUGCUAACUCUUCUGUGGAUCAAAUGGGAGGACGAUCACAGAUCACAUCAUCUAAUAUUGGAGCUUCAGGACAUGGGUUUCUGAAUAAAGGAGGUUCAGGGUCCCUUGGGACUGUAGGCCAUCCAAGAUUUCCAUCACAAAGUGUUGCAUUACCAUCUGGACAGCCACCCUUGCACCAGCGCCCCCCUUCACCAUUAGUGGAUCAUGUCGCUCAUAAAAAACAAAGCCAUAAAACUUCAUUUCCUAAUCUUGAUCCACGUAGAAGGCAUAUACGGGAUGCUGCCCUUGGCCUGCAUCCCAACAUUCGGCCAGAUAACCUUCAAAAACCACAGCCUCAGGACCUACAAGCUUCAGCUUCAUCCAUACCUGCUUCUCAAACCAGGCACCGGUCACUGAAACCUGAAGUCACACAGUCGGAACUUUCUAGUCAGCAUGCAGUAUCAAUUCCGGACACCGAUUUUGGACCGCCCUCAUCGACUGGGACAGUUCUAGAACUCUUACCUGCAGAAAUUUUGGGAGAGCCAAGCACUAGUAGUUUGUUGGCUGCUAUAAUGAAAAGUGGAAUUUUGUCCAACCAUUCAAUAAUCAGUAGCAUGCAACAGAAUUUCAGCUCCCAAGAUGUGGGAAAUAUGCAACCCCGUUCAAGCGGCAACCCUCCUCUACCAAGUCAGUCUUCUCCUGCCCAUACUCAGUCUACAUUCUCAGAGCCAAAGACUGUGGGCGAAUCUUCAUUAGAUCCUCCAUCUCUUGAAAGCACAUCAACGCUGGUUAAGUUAUCUCAGAUUAAGGUAGAAGACACACCGUUGCCAUCUGAUCCAGUUCCUCCUUCAUCUACUAUGAAUAGUGCAUCCAUUGAAACUUCAAAUGUGGUAAACGAUGAUUCUAGUCCAAUUUCUAACCUUUUGAGCUCAUUGGUUGCAAAGGGCCUCAUAUGUGCUUCUAAAGGAGAAUUAGCAAGUAACGUUACAUCCCAGAUGCCUUCACAGCCUGAACAUUUGAAGUCAGGUGAUGUUGUGACUUGUUCUAUACCAGUUCCUUCCAUCCCUAUUCCCUCUUCCAGUCAAUCAUCUAUAAGACCUGAAUCACCUUCAAAAGCUGCUGCUAAGAGCUCCACUACUCCACCUCCAUCUGCCACAACUGAGAUAAACAACCUCAUAGGCUAUGAGUUUAGUUCACAUGUUAUUCGCAAAUUUCAUCCAUCUGUGAUCAGUGGACUCUUUGACGAUAUUCCAUUUCAAUGUAAGAUCUGCGGUCUUGGACUGAAAUGUGAAGAACAGUUGGAUACGCACUUGUGGUGGCACAUGUCAAGAACUGAGUCAAACAAUUCAUGUAGGGCACCAAGAAGAUGGUAUCCAAGUUCAGUUGAUUGGGUAUCUGGAAAUGCUAGACUUCUACUUGACGUUGCCACUUCUCUGGACAAGUCCAGCAUGAUGGAAGAAGAUAACGAGCCAAUGGUUCCAGCAGAUGAAGAUCAAUUUGCCUGUGUUUUAUGUGGUGAGCUUUUUGAAGAUUUUUAUAAUCUAGAGUUGGGUAAGUGGAUGUUCAAAGGAGCAAUGCAUAUCACAAUCCCAUCAGUGGGUAGUGAGGUAGGAAGCACAAAUGAACGAGUUGCUAUAGGACCCAUUGUGCACAUAAGUUGCUUAACUGAAAGUUCAAUACACGAGUUGGGACUGGCAACUGAUAUUAAGAUGGAAAUGGAUGUAUGAUGCUUCCUUGCAAAACGUAAUACUGGAACUACUCUGGGGGCAUCCUGCUCGUGCAAUUGGCAUGGGGUUGCGGAAAGGAAGUAUGGAUAUGAGUGCUUCGCUCGUGGUUAGAUUGGUUGAGCAAGAGAUUAUAGGGAGUGGUAGCUCUAAUACUGGUAUUUUCUAGUUUCCAGAUUCCUUUUUGUUUUUGUUUUUCUUCUAAAGAUAUAUAGUUGAGAAUACAUCAAUGCAAUGAGCUUUUUCAUUCAGAUCUUUACCGUCUUGAUUCUCAGUGAAUUUUCACUUAACAUCAAUAUAUGUUUGAUAUAAAUAUGAGGCAGAGCAAUCCAAGUCCUAGCCACUUGGCGCCUCUAUCAACAAACCCUUCGUAUCAUCGAAGUCGUCAUACUAGCGAAGUGGUUUUGAUUCACCAUCAUUUUCUUUUUUCCUUGUAAUUUAGACAGUAAAGGAGAGUUGUUUAAGAUUCUCUCAGCUUUUGAGAAGGGUUGUUCACUUGUCUUGCUGGUCUGGAUACGAUUAUAAUGAUGUUGGAUUUUGCUUCUUGUUG